CUUCCGCUACCAGUUUGUCUACUUAUGGUCCUUAUUUUUCUUGUCUGAUAAUCUGCAGUCACCACUCUAUUUUUCUGAUCAGAUUACUAUAUUGACUACUAUAGAUAAGAUGGUAGCAAGAUACAUUCUGCACAUGUUAUUACAAAUAUAGACAUUUAAUUCUUCAAUUUCAUUGAAGUGUAUAAUUUUGCUUUAAUAUCACUAAUGCUCAAAAGUAUGACUCUCAUGACAAUUGAUUAAUUUUUAUGAAUUGCACAAACACCUAUAAUAAAAUGAAUGAAAGGCUGUUUGGUAAGUGGGUGUACUUUGGUAUGCAAAAGAUCUCCUUCGAAAAGAAACGAUAAAACAGUAAUUUAUAAUUAUCUGCGUCAUCGCACGCGUACUCGACGAGGACAACAAAAGUGUUACUAUUGACCCUAAUUGUACGAAAAUAUUUUCUGACCAAACGUUGCCUUCAAGAAGUUCUUCAGGGUGUAACAAUUUAGCGCUACUUGUGGAUAAAAACGGAAGAUCUCAAGGAUUACGAAAAGUAAUUUUUCUUUAGGAAGCAAGUGAUCGCACGCUGAGAUAUCGAUGCAACUUUUCAAACGAAGCAAUCAGCCGAUUCAGGACGUGGAUGCGAUGCCAAUUAAACUUUAUUACCGAGAGAACCAAAAAACAGAGGACGAAAACGAGAUCGAAAACUCUUACAAGACCGUCGACAGGACGACGCUGAAUUAUCUCAGAAAUCACGAUCCCAAUUUACCGUAUUCUAUCAAUACGUUGCAUCUACAAAACCCGUACAGAUCGCCGCAAAUUUUAGAAGGAUACUCGUCUCAGGAAAAUUUCAAAGUACGACCAUCUUUCAAGAUUAUGUAUCGAUCAAAAGAUACAACGUUAAGGUCCAGAUACAAGAAUUCGUCGCUCAAGAAAGACACCUCCAUCGCUCAAACAUUUGAUCACGACGACAAUAAAAAUUUGAGUAAGAGUGACGGUCAACUAUGCCUCAAGAAUUUGGACAUUAAAACCGCCCUCAAGCAAUAUUGUUCAAAUACUAGUCUACACGGAUUACGCUAUGUUGGCGAUUCAAGCUUGACAAUCGGAGAAAGAGUCUUCUGGAUAAUCUCCUUCACUCUUGCGGUGCUAACCGCCGCUUAUUACAUAUGGUCGCUAUACAGAAAAUGGGUUUCGACACCCAUCAUUAUUUCUUUGAGUCCUGAAUCGGUUGCUUUGGACGAAUUUCCGUUUCCUUCGAUCACUCUGUGUAACAUGAACAACGCAAAGAAGAGCGAAGCUGAUCGUAUAAACGCUGGUAACGACGCACGCAUGAAACUUUUACUGGAAGAUAGAUGCAAUUUUGAUAAUACGUCAAGUAGCUACAAUCUUGACGAAAGUUCAAUCGAUUGGAACAGUAUGAUGCAUUUUAUGAUUAACGUAUCUCAAUCCUGCAACGAGAUGCUACACCUCUGUAAAUGGCAUGGAAAUAUAACUGAUUGUGAAAAGCUUUUUAAUCCAACCAUGACUGACGAAGGAAUCUGUUGUAAUUUCAACUCGGUUCACAAAAAAUAUUUGUUUUACAACCCCCGAGAUUGGUCCGAUUUGAACAUCACGUUUCCAUACACCAGCAUCGAUUGGACUCCGGAAACUGGUUACGACAGUAACGUGGCUGUAGACUCCAUACCAUGGAGACCUUACGGCGCUGGACAAUUCUAUGGUCUCACUUUAGUCCUCGAUGCAGACGUUGCUGAAUACUAUUGCUCAUCUACGGCCAGCGUCGGUUUCAAGAUGCUGUUGCAUAAUCCGGUCGAGACACCGAAAAUUGCAGAAUUUGCAUUCUCAGUGACCCCGGGAGAAGAGACCAGGGUAAUCAUCGCGCCUCGGAUAUCGACCGCUAGCAAGUCGAUAACUUCCGUUCCCCAGAGGAAGAGGAAAUGCUUCUUCACGUUCGAGAGAAAGUUGCGCUAUUAUAGAACCUACACGCAGAGGAACUGUGUUCUCGAGUGCGAGGCGAACUUCACGCAGAAAAUUUGCCACUGCGUUCAAUAUUACAUGCCUAAAUCCUCAAACACCCCAAUUUGCGAAAAGAAAGACGAUAACUGUGCAACGAACGCCCGCAGGGCCAUGGAAGUGAAGCUUUACGACGACGAUACCGGUAUAACUACUCUGAACGUGUCUGAAACACCUAGCUGCAACUGCUAUCCAGGAUGCUUCGAGAUUAAUUACAAUGUCGAAAUUUCCCAGAGUAAAUUAGAGCCCUCCUUCGCCAUCGCGGAAAACUAUGUGAAGAAGGAUAAGAAAUAUUUUACCGAGAACAUGGCUGUGGUCCAUUUGUUCUUCGUCGAAUCUCAGUUCACGAAGUACGUGAAAAACGAGCUCAUUGGAUUCACGGAGUUUCUCUUUUUCUAUCACUGGUGGAGGUCAUCUACUUUGCAACGCUACGUUUAUGGUGUCGUGCACAAAAGAACAAGCAUACUCGCAAUGUCCGUCAGGUACAUCCUCUGGAUUCAGAUCGAAAUACUGUCUACCCAUUUGUACAGUAAUUUGUCACUAUUCUCUUGUAUUUUAAGACUUGCAUCGUUAUAAAUAUUAAAACCACAUUGUAAAUAAAUUGAAAUGAGUGUAAAGUUUAUAAAAUAAUACACUGAAAACAUUUAUCAUUCAAAAUCUGUUUGAUAAAUACCCAGCAUGCAACUUCAAUUUACCGGUACACGAGUUCGAGGUUUCUCGAUUAUCCAUUAUUUUCGAUUAUUCGAUACAUCGAACGCGUAUAGCCCGAGACAAUAGUUAAUCGCGAAUAUCCGAAUUCCAUAGCAUUUUAUUUUAAUAUGAUUGCGAAAUUGUCUUUAAUUGUUUUAACAAUCAUUUUGUUCUAUUAUAUGAGGGCCAUAUAAAAUAAAAGUUAUCAGAGCGCACUCUAUUGUAGUUAUAGCCAACGUGGCUUUUGUUGGACACUAUAUGUACAAAGAUGACAGUGUAUAGUAUAUGACCUGUGUUAUAUGAUACUUUAUAUGCGAAUACAAUACGCAAUACUAGGGAUUAUUUCUCUUAUCGAGAGAUACUUUCUUAUAUUAUAAAUUAAUACAAUAAAAGAAUGAUACAUAUGAAUAUGUAUGUGCAAUGAUUUCAUUUUAAUAAUUUAUUCUGACGUCGUGAUUAUUUAAUUGGCUGACCGCAAUUUAAUGUGUUAAUAGAGGUCUUGAUAUACAUGUUAUAAUUAAUCAUUUGUCUUAGUGGACUCAUUAAACAAACGAUUCAAAAUAAUUCGUGUCCGUAAAAAUGCAAUUCGUAGGCGUACCUGAACCAAAUAAAAAUAGACAUAUAUAGGCACCUAUCCAUAUUUGUGUUUACCUAUUGCAAGAAGAUAUUAAAUAAUUCUAAUUUACAUUCUCGUUU